UCAACUGGAAGCCAGAUGCACUUACGGUUGUUUUUUGACAUCUCAGAUAUUGUUUUGUGACUCCCUCUGGACCAGGAAAAUGUAUGCAGCUGUCACGUUCGUCGUCCUCAUAUGCUUGACUGCCACCACGCAUGCAGAUCACCAUCAGCCUUGUCAUUCACCUAACAUGACAGGAUUCAUGUCUGUGAUGAAAAUGAAGGGUGAAAUGAGGGCAUAUGGGGCCAUCACCUACGACUCGAUGGCCAAGAAACUGCGGUUCAGAUCAAACGAGAGCUACUUCGCAAACACCUCACUGAGUUUGGAUCUGCUGAUGUUCUUUGAAGAGGGAAUAUUCUAUGAGAUCGACAGCAAAAACCAGACCUGUGAGAAAAAGACGCUGCAAUGCACCAUCCAUCCUCUACAAAUUCCUGAUGACGCCAAGUUUCUGGCUACGAUAAACAGCGGGAAUCCAUCCAUUGAAGGAGAGGGAUUAAAGAUCAACGCGUGGAUGGGAUCAAUGCCAGACAUGAAGGGCUUCUACUCCAUGUCUGUAACCAUGGGAUGUUUGCCUGUGUUCUCAAUGUACUUGGACGAGACAUCAUUCAUGUUCAGCCUUUUGGACGUUGAAAACGAGAUCAAGGAUCCUGAUCUCCUCCUGGUGCCUUCCUUUUGCCAGGGACUGCCUUUGGAGGAGACGCCUGAAGGGACAGUGAACAGCUUCCUCAAUGAGUUCAUGUAGAUGAGGCUUCACCAGCAGAAUUACAUUUUGAUGUAAUGAGGGGGACACGAGAUAUAACAUGGAUUAUAGAUGUAGUCAUAAUCACUAACAGUUGGUCGCUUUUCAAGUUGGUCCUGCUUACAAAACCUGUCAGAUAUGAUUAAUGGAACAAUAAAAUGUCAAAGCUGUCAAA